CCUAUCCCAGGCAACCUAAUAAAACCCAACCAAACGGAUAUGUGCUCUGAAGAGAUAUAGAUGAUGCAGCCAUCCAUCUAGUACAUCAUGCGGUUACUAGUCCUGGCCUGUCACAUCAGAAUGUGUCCGGAUUCGGUGGCUGGCAAUUACAUCUACGACUUGAAACUUCCUUUAUCGUUGCCUAUUCCAUCCAUUGACUUAGCAAAUUACACACUAGGUAGCUCUGACCAACAAUCGACUCAAGAACAGCCAUUUUUGGGGACAGGUUGCAUUCCCUUGGUAUUUAUACUGGAACCUAGCAGUGAUGCGAACAGCGCUACCUUAGUUAGAGUCUAGAGGUACCCUACUUUCGCUACCUGGCCGCGGUGGCAGAGUGGGUGUCUGUGCGACCGCUAGGUGACUACCUCCACUAACAAAGAGGCACCGAAUCCUAGGCUCUCCCCCCCCUACCUAGAAGCAUAGGUAGCUCCAGUUAGAAUUUAGCCCAGCG